CAAUCAUUGUGUGAUCGAAGUUUUUGCCACUGGUCCCCCAGCCUGCGGCCUUCACUUUGCUGGAACUAACAGACGAGACGAAGCUGAAUUUGUCCUCACUCGCUUCACCAACGAACCUAACAACGCACCUAGACGUCCCAAACUAUCCAUGACACCGGACAUCGCAAACUUUGUGUAUCUGGACGGCAGAAUUGUGAAAGAAGAGGUUAUUGGAGUGGGUGGUGCAGGAAUUGUCGUUAAUCGAGGAGGGUACGCUUUUAAAAUUCCACGGAUAUCGAAGUUGGUCGAAAUUGAUGGAGUGCCUGUUCAUGACAGAAUAUUGAACCAUAAUGAAGACAGCUACAACGAGCUCGCCGUUGCCGUCACGUCUUUCAGGCACGAGAAAGCCAUCUACAAAAGGCUAGGCGACCGUCCUGGGAUCAUCCGCUGCUACAACGUCGAUUCCGAAGAACCCUCGAUCCAGAUGCCGUUGAUGAAUGGCGACCUGCGGCAGUACUUGAGCGACUUCAGGCCAGAAAGAACUGUCCAGCUCUCCUGGUUCAUUCAGUUAGCGCGUGCCAUGGCCUUCGCACAUACUAAAGGUGUCAUUCUCUGUGACCUCCGGCUGGAUAAUAUCGUGUAUGAUGAUAAGCUCAUUGACUUCUCUGAAUCUUCUCUAAUGCACCCCGAAUGGGACCUCAAAGGCUGCUACAAAUAUGGGUUUUCUAUUCUGACCGACAUUGGACAAUUUGGGGCAGUAAUGUUUGAGAUCACAACUGGUCAACGUUGUUCGUUUGACAUCUAUGAAGAAUGGCAGGAAGUUGGUGAUCGUCGGUCGUUUUUUCUGACGCUCAGAGGCCUUCUCCGCGGAGUACUUCGCCAACCUGUCUUUCCAAGCCCAGACUCAAUGCUACUCUCAGUUGCUCUUUUUGUAGCCCAGUCUAGGCGCUCAUUGUAA